AGUGCUGGGAUUACAGGAUUGAGCCACCGCACCCGGCCAGCCCUGGACUGUUGAAGUUGUGGGAAGGCUCUUUAAUUUAACAAAAAUUAACUGAGAUUUGUUUUUUACCAGAUAUAGAACUGCGCUCUGAGGCUGUACAGGUGAAUAAGAAACAUUUUCUGGGAACCCACAGUACAAUGGGGAAGAUGGACACAUAAGCAGAUGCCUUUAAUAAACAGAUAUAAAUGCAGUGAUACAAGAACAUCCAAGAUUAUACAGAAUCAAUAAGCAGACCACACUCAAAUGGGGUCGGCCAGGAGAAGCUUUUCAGGGAGGGCUCCCCAUUGACUAUAAUUUAAGGGAUGAGGAAAAUUUAGGUGAAAAGGUGGGAGAGGACAAAGCAAGGGCCAUUCCAGACACGUCAUCACAAAGACACGAUAGUUAGAAGUAGCUUGAUGUGUGUAGGAGAGCUGCAAGGCACAUCCACAGUAUAAAGGGUGUGGAGCAAAUCGUGGGGGAGCGUAUUGAGGAUCUGUGUGCCUGGCUGGGGACUGUGGGUGGUGAGAAGCAAGCCUGUGAGCAAGCUCAGAGGGAAGGCCUGACCUCCCAGCCCGUCGGCAGUGCUCUGGUUGUGCCCACCUCUCCCCCAGUGAACUGCCUAUCCUCAUUCCUUAGCUCUAUCUGUAUAGUUGGAGAUUGGCACUAAGGGGCUAUGAGGGAACCUUGUCAGGACUUGUCCUUCCUUUUGUUGGUCAGGGGCCAUCUGGUUUCUGAAGAGAACCACUGGCAGCUGCAGUGCCUCUGCUACAGCCAGGCUGUCCCAGCUGCUCACAGAACUCAAGCUCAGCCGUCCUCCCUCCACUGACCUUGACCCAGACUUUCCUUGGCAUUAUGACUAGGGGACCAGGACCCCUGCUCCUGGGGUCUGGAUACAGACCUUCCAGAAACACAGAUGAAGAGCCCUGGCAAUGCUUGUUAGGGGCAUAUCCUCACCCUGGCUCAAGAAAUUGCAGGCUGUCAGCAUGAAUCACAGCUGGGCCUUUCAUAUUCAGCUCCAAAUUCUCCUCUCCCAGCUGAACAAAGUUGAGAGGGACUGGGAUCCCAGGCUAGGCAGGAUGCUAUGUUGUGGGUGACAGGCAUUCUACCCUCUGCUGCCCCAUCCCCCACUUCCCUAUCUUUCACAGACUAUAUGCCUGGUUGGUACCCCGUAAACAGCACAGCAGGACUGACGUUUGGCAUGUUUCCAGGCCUCACCAUGCCACAACUGAUGGAGGAGCUACUGUCCCUGGUCUCCAUCCUGAUGUGGAGGCCUCGUACUAUCUGUGAAUAAUGAUAAGGUUACUGCUGAUGAGGCAGCCUGAAGCUUUAGAGUGUGUAUCCACCAAUUUGCCUUCAACAAAGAUUGUUGCAGGCUGUCUAGUAUCCUGCAUUGGUGCUCCAAGGUUCUGUGCCUUUGAGGAGAAAUUUCUGCAGAAAAAGAGCUUAUUGGCCAAUAGCUCCACAACAGCCUAAGAUUCCCCUUCUUCAGUAGAGAAGACCUGCCAUGUGAAACUAUUCUCCCUGCUUGGCCUACAGACUAAAGGCUCGACUCCACAGUCUGUCACCUCCUCAUCUGUCACCUCUCCCACCAUGUAUCCCCACCUUCAUGUAUCCUCUUCAGGUGCUUGGAGCUGCACCUCAUUCCAUGAAGGCACCUGUGUGUGUGUGAUUCAUGGUUUUGUAUGUGCUCUCCACUUUGUCAAGGACCACUUCUGUCAUCAUACUGCUGUUCUUUCUUCAAGGCUCAGCUUCCUCAGCUAGCCCUGCCCACUCUUGGGCAGAGUCAGCCACUUUCUGUUGUGCUCCCACAUUGCCUCUUGCUCAGAAGUACUUACCAUAACUUUCCUGGGCUAGGUGCCUCCAGCUCCUUCCAGGGGUGAUCCACCACCUCAAAACUCAUUUACAAAAUAAACAGAGCCCUCAGCAUUGUAGAGAUAAUGUCCCACAAUCUUAGACUCAGACCAAGGCUCAACUUUGCUGUGGUCAUCUUGCAAGUUUUCACCACAGCCUUGCCUAGCCUGGGCUACUCUUAGGGCAGGCUUGGAAGGAAGUACAGCUUCCUGAAUUAACUGAUGUUUGUGUCACUUUUGGGUACAUUGGGGUGCCUCACAUUGCCAGACGAGCUCAGACCUGAGGAGAGUGACCAGCUUCUGUGUGUUCCAGGUGGCCAGCCUCCACUGUGGAAGUUCAUGGACUCCAUUAGGUCUGAAGGGUUGCAGCAGGGGGAAGAAGCCCUGAGUUGCCCUGAGGAGGGCUUGCCCCGGCCCUCAGACAGCUCAGAGCUGGUGCAGGACUGCCUGCAGCAGUUCAAGGUGACAGUGGCACAGCUGCAGCAGAUCCAAGCCAGCCUCUUGGGUUCCAUGGAGCAGGCACUGAGGGGACAGGCCAGCCCUGUACCUGCGGUCCGGAUGCUGCCUACCUAUGUGGGGUCCACCCCACAUGGCACUGAGCAAGGAGACUUCGUGGUGCUGGAGUUGGGGGCCACAGGGGCCUCACUGCGUGUUUUGUGGGUGACUCUAACUGGCAUUGAGGGGCAUAGGGUGGAGCCCAGGAGCCAGGAGUUUGUGAUCCCCCAAGACGUGAUGCUAGGUACUGGCCAGCAGCUAUUUGACUUUGCUGCCCACUGCCUGUCUGAGUUCCUGGAUGCUCAGCCUGUGAGCAAACAAGGUCUGCAGCUUGGCUUCAGCUUCUCUUUCCCUUGUCACCAGACAGGCUUGGACAGGAGCACCCUCAUUUCCUGGACCAAAGGUUUUAGGUGCAGUGGUGUGGAAGGCCAGGAUGUGGUCCAGCUGCUGAGAGAUGCCAUUCAGAGGCAGGGGGCUUACAACAUCGACGUGGUUGCUGUGGUGAAUGACACAGUGGGCACCAUGAUGGGCUGUGAGCUGGGGGCCAGGCCGUGUGAGGUUGGGCUUGUCGUAGACACGGGCACCAAUGUGUGUUACAUGGAGGAGGCGCGGGACGUGGCAGUGCUGGAUGAAGACCGGGGCCGCGUCUGCGUCAGCGUCGAGUGGGGCUCCUUCAGCGAUGAUGGGGCACUGGGGCCAGUGCUGACCACCUUCGACCACACCCUGGACCAUGAGUCCCUGAAUCCUGGUGCUCAGAGGUUUGAGAAGAUGAUUGGGGGCCUGUACCUGGGUGAGCUGGUACGGCUGGUGCUAGCUCACCUGACCCGACGUGGGGUCCUCUUCCGUGGCUGCCCCUCCCCUGCCCUGCUGAGCCAAGGCAGCGUCCUCCUGGAGCACGUGGCUGAGAUGGAGGACCCCUCUGCUGGGGCAGCCCGUGUCCACGCUAUCCUGCAGGACUUGGGCCUGAGCCCUGAGGCUUCGGAUGUUGAGCUCGUGCAGCGCGUGUGUGCGGCUGUGUGCACGCGGGCUGCCCAGCUCUGUGCUGCCGCCCUGGCCGCUGUUCUCUCCCGCCUCCAGCACAGCCGUGAGCAACAAACACUCCAGGUCGCUGUGGCCACUGGAGGCCGAGUGUGUGAGCGGCACCCCAGGUUUUGCAGCAUUCUGCAGGGGACAGUGAUGCUCCUGGCCCCGGAGUGCGAUGUCUCCUUCAUCCCCUCUGCGGAUGGGGGUGGCCGGGGAGUAGCAAUGGUGACUGCCGUGGCUGCUCGCUUGGCUGCCCACCGGCGCCUGCUGGAAGAGACCCUGGCCCCAUUCCGGUUGAACCACGAUCAACUGGCAGCAGUUCAGGCACAGAUGCGGGAGGCCAUGGCCAAGGGGCUCCGAGGGGAGGCCUCCUCCCUCCGCAUGCUGCCCACUUACGUCCGGGCCACACCUGAUGGCAGUGAGCGAGGGGAUUUCCUGGCUCUGGACCUCGGAGGCACAAACUUCCGUGUCCUCCUGGUACGUGUGACCACAUGUGUGCAGAUCACCAGUCAGAUCUACUCCAUCCCUGAGAGUGUGGCCCAGGGCUCUGGGCAGCAGCUCUUUGAUCACAUUGUGGACUGCAUCGUGGACUUCCAGCAGAAGCAGGGCCUGAGUGGGCAGAGCCUCCCCCUGGGUUUUACCUUCUCCUUCCCAUGUAAGCAGCUUGGCCUGGAUCAGGGCAUCCUCCUGAACUGGACCAAGGGUUUCAAUGCAUCAGACUGCGAGGGCCAAGAUGUCGUGAGUCUGUUGCGGGAAGCCAUCACACGCAGACAGGCAGUGGAGCUGAAUGUGGUUGCUAUUGUCAAUGACACGGUGGGGACCAUGAUGUCCUGUGGCUAUGAGGACCCCCGUUGCGAGAUAGGCCUCAUUGUCGGAACUGGCACCAAUGCCUGCUACAUGGAGGAGCUCCGGAAUGUGGCGGGCGUGCCCGGGGACUCAGGCCACAUGUGCAUCAACAUGGAGUGGGGUGCCUUUGGGGAUGAUGGCUCUCUGGACACGCUCAGCACCUGCUUUGACGCAAGUGUGGACCAGGCGUCCAUCAACCCUGGCAAGCAGAGGUUUGAAAAGAUGAUCAGCGGCAUGUACCUGGGGGAGAUCGUCCGCCACAUCCUUUUACAUUUAACCAGCCUUGGCGUUCUUUUCCGGGGCCAGCAGACCCAGCGCCUUCAGACCAGGGACAUCUUCAAGACCAAGUUCCUCUCUGAGAUUGAAAGUGACAGCCUGGCCCUGCGGCAGGUCCGAGCCAUCCUAGAGGACCUGGGGCUGCCCCUGACCUCAGACGACACCCUGAUGGUGCUAGAGGUCUGCCAGGCCGUGUCCCAGCGGGCUGCCCAGCUCUGUGGGGCGGGUGUAGCUGCCGUGGCGGAGAAAAUCCGGGAGAACCGGGGCCUGGAAGAGCUGGCGGUGUCCGUGGGGGUGGACGGAACACUCUACAAGCUGCACCCGCACUUCUCCAGCCUGGUGGCGGCCACGGUGCGUGAGCUGGCCCCUCGCUGUGCAGUCACGUUCCUGCAGUCAGAGGAUGGGUCUGGCAAAGGUGCGGCUUUGGUCACUGCCGUUGCCUGCCGCCUAGCACAGUCGACUCGUGUCUGAGGAAGUCUCCAGGCUGAGGAAAGGUCUCAGCCCCAGCCUUGCUGGACCCGGGCUGGAAUCCACCUGUCUCCCAGCCAGGCCCAGCCACCCAGACUCCCGGGACAUCCCACGUGUGACCCCUCUGUGGCCAUUUGGCCUUGCUCCCUGGCUUUCCCCGAGAGAAGUAGCACUCAGGUUAGCAAUAUAUAUAUAUAAUUUAUUUACA